AUGGGCAAGCGCCAGCGCCAGCUUCUUCUUGUGGGUCUGGACGCCUCGGGAAAGACAACUAUGCUCUACUCACUCAAGGCUGGAGAGGUCGUCACGACGAUUCCUACGAUAGGCUUCAACGUGGAGCACCUAGACAUUCGGAACGGCUGGAUGAACAUCACGUCCUUGGUGGCGUGGGAUGUUGGUGGACGUGACAAAAUUCGCCCACUGUGGCGACACUAUUACAAGGAGGUGGAUGCCCUGGUGUACGUGGUCGAUUGCAAUGACCGGGAGCGGGUGAAUGAGGCUAAGGACCAGCUUUUCCAGCUCCUCAUAGAGGAUGAAUUAGCAGACAAGCCUCUCCUCGUCUUCGCCAACAAACAGGACCUGCCGAAUGCCAUGAGUGACAAAGAGCUUGUGGACAAGCUCUCCCUAAACCAGAUCCGAGAGAGACGGUGGUUCAUCCAAGAAAGUGUGGCCACUAAAGGCCAGGGCAUCUAUGAAGGGUUUGAAUGGCUUGCACGACAGUUGAAGGCUGAUGGGAGAAAUGGCCAGCGAGCAGUCUCGCGUCCUCAAAAGAUCCAGGAGCUCCCUUCCAAGGGCAGGCUGGCCAAGCCAGAGCACCCGGAUGAUGUUUCCACGGCCGACACCGAGGAUGCUACGGCUAGGGCAGAGGUCAUCACUGCACACUCAUGA